AAUCCUUUCUUCCAAUCUCUUUCUCUCUCGUCGUUCGUCUUCCCUUUCUACCCUCACAGAAAACAAAAAUCCCAAAAAUGUCCUCAUCCGUUCGAAGAGUGAAAGAGAGAGGGGGCGGUGGAGGAAAGAUAAUGGCGUUAAAACCCCAAAAAACCCUAACGGAAAACCAUCCAAAGGAGAACACUGGAAGCUGCAAAAAACCUUACGGGAAGGAAAACCCCAGGACGGUUUCCGGCGCCAGAACCCCGUCCAUGUGUCAGAAACCGGCGGUCCGCCCGCUGCCGAUGCAGCGGAUCGACAAGGCUGCGGUGUCGUCGAGCAAUGGGAAAGACGGAGAAUCGCGUUUCCGCUGGUCGACGUCGUCGUUGCCGAAAGGUAAGAACUCGAACCCCUCGGAUUUCACACGGCUUCUUUCUGAUCUGCGCAGAGAUCGUCAACCUAGGGUUUCUGGAUCUGAUCGGUCGGCAAAAACCCUAGUAAAAGCUUCCGUAGCUGAAUCCGAAGCUUCGGAUGAGGGAAAAUCUGCAAAUGGUUUUAGGGUUUUAGAGAAAUGUCCUCGGAAGAAACCUUAUUUGAAUCCGAGUUCGAGAGGUCGGGAUGAUGAGAAUUGCAAGGAAUUGGGCUUGAAUUUGAAGGAAAUGCCUAUCGAUGCUGUUCGGGUUUUAGAUGAUUGCAAUACUAACGUUUAUUUAAUUUCAAAUAUGGAAAGAAUUCCUGAAGAAGAUGUAAAUUCCAUUUCCAAAAAUUCCGAGGAGAUGUCUUCUUCAGAUUUGAAUUCAAAAGUAAGCAGUGGGAAAGAACUGAAUGGUGUUCGGCUUUUGGAAAGUCUUGAUGAUGGAAUGCAUUUGGAAUCGAAUUCUGAAGGUUUGGGUGAGAAAUGUUUGAAUGGCUCUAGAAUUGUCGAAAGUUCUAGAAGUGCAGUUUAUCAAGGUCCAAGUUUGAAAGCCGUCGGUGAAAAAUCCUUGAAUGGUUUUGGAGCUUUAGAGAAUCCGAAGGAGCUGAAGGCUGGGGAAUGUGGUAAAGAUGUUCCAGUUGUUAACAAAUAUCCUAGCAGGCUUCAUGAGAAGCUGGCUUAUUUAGAAGGAAAGGUUAAGAGCAUUGCAUCUGAUAUUAAGCGAACCAAGGAGAUGUUGGAUCUGAACAACCCGGAUUCGUCGAAACUGAUUUUAUUGGAUAUUCAAGACAAGAUUUCGGGAAUUGAGAAAGCAAUGGGCCAUGUUGUUGAUGAUAAUAAAGGGAAAUUGGGUUUGUCUGAAAUUGUUGAAAAUGAUAAGUUGCAGCCUAAACAUGCAGAAAAGGGUCAAGAUGGGAAGAUGGGAAGUUUGAAAAGUUCAGCAAAAGCCUUGAAUCAUGAAGAAUUAGAAGCGAGGCUUUUUCCUCAUCAUAAAUUGCUUAGGAGUCGGGGGUCGUUGGGUAAUUCAUCUGGAAAGGAUCAAACUCAUCUACCAUUGAAAUCUAAGGGUGAUUCAUUGUCAGAAGAUAAGCCUUUGAGCCCCAUUGAUGAAAACCCCAUAGCAUUGGAGUUUUUGGCAUCACUUGCUGGUACAGAAAAUUCCAAGAUAAAUGGUAAUGAUAAAUUUGUUCAAUUAGAGUGUCGUGCAGUUCAGGCAACAGAUAUGGAUGGAUCAGCAACUUCAGCAGCACAAGGUGUUCCAAUGAAUGUGGGUGGUGGGAAAUCUGAUGAGGAUGUCAGGCUCACAACUGAUGAAAUGUUUGAGGACUUCGAUGAUCAGGAAAAUAGGCCAGCCAUGAUAAUCCAAGAGGAGAUUGAAGAUAAUUCUGUUGAGCUAUUGAAGGAAGUAGGGACUAAGACCUCAACUGGUGGAUGGUUUGUAUCUGAGGGUGAAUCUGUUCUUCUUGCUCAUGAUGAUGGUUCUUGUUCCUUCUACGAUAUUACAAACUCAGAGGAGAAGGCGGAAUAUAAGCCCCCAGCUGGGGUCUCACAUGACUUAUGGGGAGAUUGCUGGUUAAUCCGUGCUGCUGGCUCUGAUGGCUGCUCAGGGAGGUAUGUUGUGGCAGCAUCAGCUGGGAAUACUCUGGAUGCAGGCUUUUGUUCAUGGGAUUUCUACACGAAAGACAUUCGAGCAUUCCGAGUUGAGGAUGGCAAAACUACCAUGUUUCCAUCAAGAACAGUACUUGGUCCCCUGCCCAACAAUGGGAUGCCCAGGAGAAAUACUUUAUCCACAGUCCUAGCCCCUGAAAACAAACAGUGGUGGUAUAAGCCUUGUGGCCCACUUCUUGUAUCGACUGCCAGCUGUCAGAAGACUGUUGGUAUUUAUGAUAUACGUGAUGGCGAUCUGGUUAUGAAAUGGGAAGUACCAAGGCCAGUGCUAACGAUGGACAACUCGAGCCCUUUGCAGUGGAGAAAUAAAGGGAAGGUAGUUAUAGCUGAGACAGAAGCCAUUAGUCUCUGGGAUGUUAACUCGCUCAACCCACUGCCAUUGCUGUCAAUUGCUUCGUCUUGUAAAAAGAUCACCGCUCUUCAUGUGAAUAACACUGAUGCUGAAUUAGGUGGUGGGGUCCGCCAAAGAGUAAGCUCAUCUGAAGCAGAAGGAAAUGAUGGCGUGUUCUGCACGCACGAAACCAUUAACAUCUUAGACUUCCGUCUCCCGUCAGGUGUGGGCCUUAAGAUAACCAAACAUGGAAUGAACAGCCACUCUGUUUUCUCUCGUGGAGAUUCUGUCUUUCUUGGAAGCAUUGGGGCAAGAUCAACGGCAAAGGAUCAACCUCGCUCGCUUGUGCAACACUUCUCAUUGCGCAAAGGCAAGCUGAUCGGCACUUAUGUGCUACCGGAGUCCAAUGCUCACUUCCACCACUCCUCCAUCACUCAAGUAUGGGGAAACUCAAACCUUGUCAUGGCCACUUGUGGAUUGGGACUUUUUGUAUUUGACACACUCAAGGAUGAUGGCCCACAAUCGUUUUCCACUGAUCAUGGAAAUGCUGGGGAGGUAAGAGAAAUCAUCGGCCCAGAUGACUUGUACCGCCCUUCGUUUGAUUAUUUAGGGUCUCGUGUUCUACUUAUAUCGAGAGACCGCCCUGCUCAAUGGAGGUAUUUAUUAUAAUCUCUUCAUAUAAUCUAAAGACUUGUUGCGAUAGUA